CCGGGCCAGACUGGCAGCAGGUUCGGAGUCAGAACCGCACCGUCGCUCCGUCCGGGAUGGAGAACGCUGGAGCGGAGGCUCCCCGCGGGCAGCAGCCGCCCAACGGGGUGGCGGGGAUGCUGCUGCACGGGGAGUUCAGCGACAUGCUCGACGACAAGGUCCGGUUCUCGGUGAGCCUGACGGAGCGCGCGCUGACCAUCCGCAGGAUCUGCGCGUCCCCCGGAGCCGCCGACGCCGCGGUGCUCUUCAGCCUGACGGACUGUGUCGGCUGCCGCUCGCACCGGGGUCCGGACGGCACGGACGUCGGCGCCUACUUCACCGCCUAUUUCUACCCGUUCAAGAGACGCUGGAUGAGCGCCGGAGUGUCCCGCCAGCGGGUGGAGCAGUGCUUCCGGGUGGCGCUGGUCCAGGACCCGCUCAGGAACCUGCAGGAGGCUGAGAAGUGGGCUCGCGCCAUCAGAGACGCCUGUGCGCGGCAGAAACCCCGGAGAGACGGCGUGCUGUACUCCGAGGUGCCCCGCCCCUGCAGAGUCAUGAUCCUCGUCAAUCCAAACAGCGGGCGCGGUCAAGCUCUUCAGCUGUUUACCGGACACAUGCAGGCCAUGCUGACCGAGGCUGCCGUCCCCUACACGCUGGUCAUCACAGAGCACCAGAACCACGCUCGGGACCUGGUGAGGAAGACUGACCUGUCACAGUGGGACGCCCUGGUCAUCAUGUCCGGAGACGGCCUGUUGUACGAGGUGAUAAAUGGGCUAAUGGAGCGAGAGGACUGGCAGGAGGCUAUCCAGAUCCCUCUGGGGAUCCUGCCCGGAGGCUCGGGCAACGCCCUGGCCGCCUCCGUCCACCACUACUCGCAGGCACCUCCUGCGUGGAACGAGGAGCUUCUCUUGAGUUGCGGCUUCCUGCUGUGCAAGGGUCUGGUGGGACCCAUGGACCUGGUCUCCAUCCACCUUCCGUCCAGACAGCGCCUGUUUUCCUUCCUCUCCCUGGCCUGGGGAUUUGUGGCAGACGUGGACAUAGAGAGUGAGAAGUACCGGCACGUCGGGGCGAUUCGCUUCCUGAUGGGGACCCUGGUGCGCCUGGCCUCUCUCCGGGUCUACCAAGGGCGACUGGCCUACCUACCCGUGAAGGAGGCGCUCAAGCCUCUGAAGGGUAGGCCUCAUCUCCUGCCAUCCACGGCUCAGCGACCGUCGCUUGGCUCCUCGUUGCCAUGCCAAAACGCCGUCACCAACUCCUCCGACAACAUGGUCACAGGCAAAACGCCCGCACCUCGGCGCGACAGCAGAACUUGCACACUGGUGGAUUCUCUGCUGCCGGAACUGGACCAACCCCUCCCAGAGAGCUGGACUGUUGUCAAGGAGGUGGACUUCAUCUUGGUUCUGGCUAUUUACCAGUCGCACCUGGCAGAGGACCUGUGGACUGUCCCCGGAGCCAUGGCGGACGACGGAGUGAUUCAUCUCUUCUACGUGACGGCAGGCAUCUCCAGGCCCGCGCUUCUUCGCCUCUUCCUGGCCAUGGAGAAGGGUGCCCACUUGGCCUGCGGGUGCCCUCAUCUGGUGUACCAGAAGGUGAAGGCCCUGCGCCUGGAACCAAUUUCUCCAGAAGGAAUGAUAACAGUUGAUGGAGAAAUGGUGGAGUAUGGCCCGGUUCAGGCUCAAAUCCACCCGGGGCUGGCCAGACUCAUAGGUGGAUGAACUCUUUGCAGUGUCUGGGCACCUGUCGCCUGCUGGCGGGACUUGCCUGAGCAUCCUUCAACGAUGAGGCGAUGGACUCUUGGAGGUGAAGCAGACCGGAGCCACUGAGCUUUGGAUGAAACCUGUUUGAACCUUAGUCUCAUUCUCGCAGCCUCGACCCAGCACACGCAGCCGUAGGUGAGGGCAUCAACCAGAAUCAUGGGGAAAAUAAAGAGCUUUGCCUUUUGGUGCGGUAAAGCAAAUGGGACAUGGAUGAAGUCAGAUUAUCUUAAUCUAUUUCUGUCGUGGAGAGAGAGCUUUCCAGUUUGGCCUUUUAAACCCUCUUUUUUAAUGUGUUUUCAAAAGUGCCAAAGACAUUUUUCAGCCUCUACAAAGUCUUCUAUUUUUCUAUCAAAUAGGGAACCAAACAAAAAAUGGCCUAUUUUUUUUACGUGUCCCCCCCCAACCCCCAUCCUCAGUGUCUUCCCUCACAGUGUCUGAUUCAGGGUCAGCGCUCUGGAUUAUUGCUGCAGUUGCUGGCUGGUCCCAGCUUAGACGUGUGCACGAGCUGGAGAGAGAG